UACCUCCAUAUUUCCAUGUUGUUACUAGCCUUGCCUAGCCUCACCAGUCUCUCACUAACUAGUGAGUGGUCCACUUCUAUACUCUAUGUAUUGUCAUCCCUCACAAUCCACAUUCCCCAUUCCCCCCUCAACCAUUUUAAUAGCCGUUACACUUUUGUCUCUUCUGUCCACAUUUUUCAAACCCCAAACCCAUGCAAAGUCCAACAACAUUGUCUUCUCCUCACUGCCCCACCAACACACUCUAAAAAUUCAACCCUUUCUCAUCCCACCCCAAACCCCAAUGGGUUGCUGCUUCAGCACACCCACCAAGCAAACCCAAAACCAAAACAACAAAACCACUCAGAAAAACCACCACCAUGAACCACCACCACCCUUGGAAGAAGAAUCUGUGAAAGAGGUCCUUUCAGAGACCCCAAUUUCCAAACCUCACCAAGUUCCAAUUUUGAAGCCAGAAACGAAGACCCUUUUGCCUCUAAUUCAAGACCCACCUCCGAAUUUCGAAGCAAACCCAAAGGCUCCUCCCAUAGAAGAAGUCUCCGAGGUUAUUUCUCAGCUUUCAGAAACAUGCAGCAUCAGCGACAGCUUCUCCGCCGCCACAACCGCUACCACCGCCACCGCUACAACCACCACUGUCACGGUUGCUGAUAAGAGAGAAGAAGACGAAGCAACCAGCAAAAUUCACAAGUGGGAUCGAUCUCCGUCCAGGAAAAGGCCCUACGCCCCCGGCGGCAACCUCGCCUGCGGGAGAGACUGGAGGCUAAAAUCGCCGGCGAUGCGCCCGGAGCCGUCGCCGGAGAAGAAAAUCAAGGGCGGUUCGAGGCCAAUUCGAGGGAGGGAAAUUAGGAACUCCGGUACGGCGGCGAAUCGGAAGCGCAAUGUGGGCCCCGCCUCGCUCCGGGGGGACGCCGGCGAGGGUUCCGGUCGGAGGUCGAGGUCGCCGGCGUGUGCCAGGAAUGGUAAGGUGGGUGCCGGAGGCAACCGAAAAGAGGUUGCUCCGGCGAAGGUGGUGGCGAAUGAGGUGGAAAAGCAGAAGAAUAGUGAGAGUGAGGAAGUUGGGGAGAAAAACGACGUCGUUUCGCAGGAGGAGUGCCUCGAGAACCCGCAUGUUUCGAUGGAGUGCUUUAUUUUUCUGUAGAAGCACGUUUCUCAAGCCUUUUUUUGGAAAUUCUAGAAGUGAUUUUCACAUGGCGUUGCCUUCAAUAGCAGUUUCUUUUUUACUUUUGACUUUUUAUUUUUAUUUUUUUAAGGCCUUUGUUAAAACGGUGGUGGAGCUUUUUGGGCAUUGCUUUUUGUAUUCUUCCGGGAGUCACUCCUUAAUCACAAAUUACUGUGUAAAUAUACAUAUGAUGAAAUGAGUCCGAGAA